CGACACGAUCCACCGAUAAGUCGCAUUACUACAGGCGUUUUCAGUUAAAAUGCGACUCCCUGCACAUUAUCAAUCCUAACCGCUUUUAUAUGAUGGAUAUUGAUGCUUUUGGCGGAUGGAUUAAAACGGGAACAUUAACCUAAAAAUAAUUUAAUGGGGAAAAUAAGAAGAGUCUCAUUAAGAUGACACGCACAGAUCCGCCUGACAUACUAGUAUCGACUGUGUAUCAAGAUGUCAAAGUAAAUUCCCUCUCGACGCACUCAAAAUCCUGUAAUCCCUCAAAACAAUGUGAUUCCCCAUCCAUCAGCAAACUGGCGGACACUCGAAAAAAAAGCGAAAAGAGGCACUGCCGUAGCUUUGAAACUGAGUCUAUGGACAAACUCAAAUAUCAUACAAUAGCAAUGGAGUACCCAUACAGAAGGGCUGAGAGGUAUGCGGCCAAUCCAGAGGUUGCCUGGAAUGCCUUAGGUCGCCAACAAGGGCAUGGACUCCAUCGUUUUUCUUCCCCAGACUUGAUUAACUACCGUCUAGCAACCCAGCCAAUAACUGCUGACAUGCCAGCUGAAAUCGCUGUGACCGAAUUAAAGAGGAGGGCCAGAUCGAGAAGUGCCUCAAGGGUUCAGGCCAACCUCACCCCGGUAUCAUUCGAUGCCUCUCCUCCUGUCGCAAGGAGGGGAAGGGAAGCUCAAAGGGCACAUAGAACCCCUCAGCCAAGGUCAGAAGUUUCCCCAAGAAGAGAGUCUUCCUAUGCCACAACACGGGCACAUAUGAACGAUGUACACCCCAUCAAAUUACAGCCACAAAGGACUGAUACAAGCCGGUAUUCUCCUGUUUACGUUUCUGAAGGCUUUGAUGAAGGAAGGCCAGAGAAACCUGCAACUAGUCCUCAUGUUCGGUGCCGGGUGGACAUUAAACCAGACAAGUCAGCCAUACAACAUGGUGACCAGAAGGCGGCUACUCCCCAAGUGGACAUUCCAUGGCAAAAGUAUCCUAGCAGUGGCAAUCGGAGUCUGACAGUGCCUCGCUAUUUCUCCACAUCUAGGACGUCAACACCCACUGAAUCCUUCACAGGAGAGUUCAGGCAGGCGUACCAGUAUUCCCAAAGUAUGCCAAAUAGUUACAUGCAGCCUAUGGAAAUCCCCUUACAAAAGGUGGUCUCGCCACAGGAGCCAAGGGAACAUUACCGAAGGGAACGAAGGGCUCAUUCAAGCCCCAACGUGCCAACUAAAUUCUUCUAUGCAGAGGAUUCAGGGAAGUAUGGAUCUUCGACUCCAUCAAGGACGUACUAUCAAGAUGACCGAUACAGCAUUCCUAGCCAAACCUACUCACCUAAAGUACAAUAUGUACAAGAUCCAAGGACUCACGUUGUUCAUACUGUACCUGCCAGGCCAUAUUUCUCAGAAAUGUACCCCUAUCAUUACCCUGGACAACAUGUAUACCCUAAAUCCUAUGCUGCAAGUGAACCAGGGGCAUACAUAAUACAGACACCCCCAGCGAGAACCUUCUAUGGAGAUGACCCCAGAACUUACCAGAUCCAAACAGCACCUCCUCGUAUUUUCUACAUGCGUGACCCCUUCACACCACCAAUGGAGCAUCAUAUUCCUGCAAGGGCAUAUUAUACGGAGGGCAGAAGACAUGCCCGUGUAGUUCAGCCACAAUCAGAUGACUGGUAUGGCUCAGAGGUGUCUGGCUACUCUAGCCACUACCCCUCCUCGUAUGUCUCACAGGUUACUCCUACAAGAGUUAAACAAGAGCCAAAGCCAGCAAAUUGGUAUGCCAGCCCUUGCAUGGAGCCUGCAAGAACCGUAACAGACCCAAGGCCAUACUCAAGGUCUUGGGAUAACAUGCUUGAUACCCAUGUAGAGAGGGAACAGCCUGUGCCUCGAGGUAAGAGUGACGAGAAUCUUCUUUGCCAAGGGAUACAAACUGAAAGACCAAAACCUGUGGUUGUUAAUCUCUCGAGCUCACCAAGGCGUUACGCUGCACUGUCCUUAUCCGAAAACUCUUUGAUUGACAAAAGCCCAACUGAGGCCACCAGCUCUUCAAGCAAACUAUGGUUUGUCACUCCUGAAAUUACCAUCACAGACAAUGACAUCAGACCAAGCAACCUGAGUAAAUCAGAACCACGCUCUGCAAGUUGGGAUGUGCUGGAUUCAAAAAGUCAAGAUGCCCCUAAACAUGAAGGAAAGCACCAACCUGUAGAAUCUACCAAAGAAAAAGCGCACAGCACCACAUCCCUGCAGCAAAGUUUAGAGCAGCUCGAUGAGCUUCUAGCUGGCCUUGUCAUUGAUUACAAACCUCCAGCUAGGGGGACAAGUGACGACCUCCUUGAUCAACUAAAAAAAUUAAUUGAUGAAGAAGAAGCAGUAUCUUCAGCAAGAAAGGAUUCAACAGCAGGGUCUGAAAGUGGUAUGCCCCUUGACAAACAACCUACAUCCAUAAAAAUCGAUCCUAACACUCUAAGAGACACUGAUGGGAGCUGUGAUGGGCUCAAAAGUACGGACGAGUGCUCCCCUGACCAGAGCCCAGAUGAGGAUGAUACAAUGAUGUGUUCAAACAACAAAUGCCGUCGGACUGAGACAUUGUUUAAUGCCUGCCUCUACUUUAAAUCCUGCCACAGCUGCUACACGUACUACUGCUCUCGCAACUGUCGCCGCGAAGACUGGGAUGUCCAUAAGGAGAGCUGUCUCUAUGGGCGAAUCAGCAGUGUGUGCCGCCACAUUAUUAAGCACUGUCGAGAAACGGCAGAGGUCCACAAAGCUUUCUCCCGUAUGGCCAAAGUGGGAUACCUGUCUCGUGGAAGGGGUGUGCUGUUUUUGGGAUUUCCAAAUCCGGGUUCGUCCACCAGUUUUCUUCAGUUUGGACUCGAAAGUUUACUCAUGUCUCCAACAUACUUAUCUCUUCGUGAGCUAGAGAGCUUCAAGGAUAACCUUGGGGAUUAUUCGGAGGAGCUCCAAGAGGCAGGAAAGGAAUAUGACCCUAAUGAAUGUUUCCUCUUGAAUGUAUCCAUCGCUGUUGGCGAUCAAGUGCCUGACGGACCAUCACCAAGGGUCCAAGCCCCAACCGUCAGGAAAUUUGCCAAGGUAGCUCUAGCCUCCUACAGCCCAGAAAAGAAGGUCCAUCGGAAGGAAAGCGACAUGGAGACGCUGAUCCUCACCCCACCUCCAGGUAUGGCAGACAUUGACAAGGAAGGCGAAGAGGGACGGAAAGCCAGAGAGAUAUGCUUCAUCAACAUUCAGCGGGAGUUGAGGAUACGUGGGGUGUUCCUUCGCCAUGAGUAUCCCAAUGUCUACCAAAAGCUCUGUGAAUUUGUUGAGAACAACAGGAGGUUCACGCCCACCACUAUUUACCCUAUUGAUAAAAGGACCGGAAAGCAGUUUAUGUGCAUGAUUAUGGCAGCGUCUGAGCCACGAACUUUGGACUGGGUAGCCAACCCACAUCUACUAGAUGGCAUUAUUUAA